GGCUCAUAGAAAUGGGAAGUACAAUGACGUCGACCAAUGAGAUUAUAGGUUUAUUCCACAGUCGAGGUUCCGGAGUGGCCUGUUAUUGUUUUAAGUAGCAGGUGAAUAUCGGUCUCUGUCCAGUCUAAUAGCAUGAAUAUGUAUGCUGUGCCGAGCCCGGGAAUACCAGGCUGUCCGCCGGGUCUAGAAUACCUGACUCAGGUGGAUCAGCUACUCAUCAAACAGAAAGUUGAGCUUGUUGAAGCCCUUGUUGGUUUUGAAAGCAACAACAAGUAUGAAGUCCGUAACACCCUGGGCCAGAACGUGUUCUACGCCGUCGAGGAGAACGACUGUCUGAGUCGACAGUGCUGUGGUCCCCUGCGGCCCUUCAGCAUUCACGUCCUCGACAAUUUUGGACAGGAGGUCAUCACCGUCACCAGGCCGCUGAAGUGCAUGUCUUGCUUCUUUCCUUGUUGUUUACAAGAGCUGGAGGUGCAGGCUCCCCCUGGUAACACAGUGGGGUACGUUGUACAACAGUGGCACCCGUUCUCCCCUAAGUUCCUCGUUGCGAAUGAACACAGUGAGCCUGUACUGAAGAUCCACGGGCCCUUCUGUGGAUGGAGCUGCCUUCCAGACGUUGACUUUGAGAUUUUGACAAUGGAUGAAGUCAGUAAGAUUGGUAAAAUCAGCAAGCAGUGGACAGGACUUCUCCGGGAAGCGUUCACAGAUUCAGACAACUUUGGUAUCCAGUUUCCCAUGGAUCUGGAUGUGAGAAUGAAGGCCGUAAUGAUCGGUGCAUGUUUUCUCAUUGAUUUUAUGUUCUUUGAGACGACUAACUAGGAGCCAAACAGGAUAUCAUGUAAGCAUACAACAUUCCUGGAGGAUCAAGGCCACAAAGCCAUAGUGAUCAGUCCCAAAUGCCCUAACACAGAAUAACCUUCAGAUGUUUAAAGUUUUAAGAAAGUACCAAAAGGUACCUAAAUGUUAUAACUUUGCAUGAACAAUGACAUAGAAGGUUUGUUUUAGUCUUAGUCUGCUCAGGUUGGUUGUUAAAACAGGUUAGCGGGUUGUAAGUGCAGUGUUUUUAGACAAUGUUUUUUGACAAGGUUUUCAUUUGUGUUUACAUUGUGGUCACUGAGCCCGUCUGAGCCCGGCACCUAAGAAUAAUAUAGGUAAUAAGAAUAAGAUCAAUAUACAAGAAAAUGAACAGGGAGCACCUUUACAGGUAAGUGCCGUUUUACGUUCUACAGAAAGAAGUACUGGUGUCAUUACAGUCAGUAUGCAAAGAGGGUUGUGUAAUGUGGUCAUAUUAACAGUAAAGGUGUUAAUUUAUAUAGAAGACUAUGCUUGGAGCUAUAUUGUUUGAGAACUGAAGGACUCAUGUAAUGAAGUCGUUUGUAGUGUAGAUAUUUAACACUUUUUUUUCAUUGAUUUAUAUUUUGGUCUGUUUAACAAUUUGUCAACGUAGAGAGAAGUGUGUUUGCACUGCUUUGUGUGUGUGACAGAGAGAGAGUGUGUGUGUGUCUGUCUGUGUGCAAUGAGUGUAAACAUCACAGGAUCGAAUAAUAUUUUUGAUGCCAGAAUGAUUAUGCAUUGUCAACCCUGUCAAGGUUGUUUACUUGGAUGGGUUACUGCUUGAAGUACAGUUCCAGUCCUGUCCACAAGGGGGAGCUCGCUUUUCAUUUUAGAAAACUGAAUACCUGCUUACGCCAUAGGUUUUUAUUCAAAUAUGAGUGUUCGAUGACAUUGUAUAUUUUUGGACAAACUCAGGUUGAUGCAUGCUCUUGUAUUAUAGUGUUGGAUAGAGCUGGCUCUGGGAAUUACCUGAUACCAUGUAUGUAAAGAUAGAGUAACAUUUUGGAGGAGGUUUUGUACAUUUAAUCAUCUAAUCAUACAUUUCCUGGUGUAUCAGCCUGAACUGCGAUCUUUUUUCAUUGUUACAUUACCUGUGGUGUGAGAGCUAUAUAUGCUUCAAUAACGCAAUAGUGAAAUAAAACCUUCAUGCCCAUUAAAAGGCCACUGAUGUUGCUGUGCACCAUUGCUUCAUUGUAAAGCUGAAAUUUGAGUGUGACCUUGAGUCUGAUUAGUGAUGGCAUAAAGUAUUGUAGCAAAGACUAUCUAUGUGCUCUUUUGUAGCAUUAUGAUAAAAAGUGUUUUUUUUUCCCUCCACAUGUAUGUCAUCUGUUGUUCUGGAAACCUGCAAAUAAAACAUCAAUUUUAUGUAAUUUAUUAACAGAUAUGAAGUCUUAAAAGCUUAAUGGUUUUAUUUUUGUAAAAAGCACUAUUAAUGGGAGAGCCAAUGUUUCCAGCGCUGAGUUUAAGUUUCUUAUGACAGCAGUGUUUUCUUCUGACUCUUGUUUUAUACCAUAAGUGGAUUUAACCCACCCUUUAUGAACAAUUUAACCCACCCUUUAUGAACAACAACUUGAUUUAAAGACUAAAUACACGAUGGACGUCUUUGGAGUCUAUUUUGCUUUCACGGCUUAAAAGAAGUUGUUGAAAAGGUACUCAGUUUAAGUAAAUUUGAAGAUGAACCUGAUCGUUGGCCUGUCUUGUUUGGUUGAAUGCAUAAAGAGUUCAAGAUGCUGGUACUACAUCCUGUGGAGGCUCUCUGUUUGUGUUUAAAAGCCAAAAAGUGAAGCCAGAAUGUGAUACAGAGGCAGUUAUAUAUUUAAAAAAAAUCACUAAAAGUUUAUUCUUCUACUUUUGCACUAAUACUGUGAACUAAUAAACCAUUUCAGUCACGCCAUGAAUGGAAACAAACUCUGUGACCUAAGCUUGAAUUGUGCAAACAGUCCAUGAAAACACUUCAAUAAAAAAUAAUAUUGUGAUGUG